AAGAUGAUCUAUAUAAAAAUCAUUACGAUUGUUUCGGUCGUCAGUUAUUAUAUUUUUAACUGUUGAAUGUGAUACAUUUUAGGACAUAUCAAACUAGCGAUUUUUCCGCAAUGACAGGCUACUAUUCGGUCGCAUUGAUCACCGUAUUGGCAGUCGUCGCGUCGGCGGGUGUCGAAGUAUCCGCCAAUCAGAUCUACAACUUUCUGGGAAAUGCACAAGACCUCAAAUCAUGUCACACAACAAAAAAUAACAUCAGAUUGCCUCAUCCGACAAAAUGUUCUAUGUAUUUCAUUUGUCAAGACGGUAAGAUAGGAUCAAUUCACAAGUGUCCUGGAGGCCUACACUUCAACCCGAUUAUCGAGCAAUGCGACUGGCCUAAAGGAUGCAUUUCGAGGCCAGAUGAUGUGGAAACUCAACCAAAUGUACCCGAAAAAGAUGAGGAAAACAAAUCAACGCCCGCUGUAACCCAAUGCGCCGGUAGAUGUCCAAUUUCGGAUCCGAAAGAUAAAACGAUACUUCUACCGACAAAUAAUGAUUGCACCAAGUAUUGCGCAUGUUUCAACGGCAGUGGGAUUAUUAUGAAUUGUCCAACUGGGUUACAUUUCGAUAAGAAGUUGCAGAUUUGCAAUUAUCCGAGAGUAGCCAAGUGUCAAUCAAAAUAAAGCAGAGAGUGAAAUGCAAAAUCCGGCAGAU